CGCGCGCGGACUGGAUAUGGAAGUAGCCGGAGCGGGAGUCACUUUAGCGGCCGUAUUUUGAGCCGUUUUCAACCUCUGCGGUGGGACGGUGAUGUACGGGCUCGGGUGAAGUGGAAUCAUUCGACGUGUUUGCUUUCAUCCUUCUAUGUCCGAGUCGCUUUUCCCCGAAUAAGCCGCCAUUUUUUAAAAUCGUGUACAAAAGUCCUUUGGGUUCCUGAACGCGGCGGUUGGUCCGUGUUUUCCCGCCGCCUCCCGAGCUCGCAGGGAGCAGUGGGGAAAACAAACAGGUCGAACGGAGGAAGAGAGGUAGCCGGUUAGAUUUGGAGGUUGUUUAGCGGCGAAUGAAUCGUUUUCAGGUAGUCGGCUUUUGUCGGGUGCUGAAUCAAAGUUCCGUUUCAGUUUUCGGUGCCUUCGAAUGGGGUGCGUUUAGGACGCUGGUCGGAGUUGUCGCCCUCCGAGUAUGUUGCCGCUUUCUAACAUUUUGUCAGGGCUGUUGGAGCGCGUAGUCUACCCGCUGCGGUUUUGUGCUUUUCUCGACGUUGUUUACCGGCUGUAAUUCGACGUUUAAUGAUUUAAAUUCACCGGUUCGCCGGCUCUGAAUCCAGUGAGACACUUUUAGACAUGCAUACGAGGCGUUUGGUGAAGCGGUCGAUCCUCGGCAGCCGCGUUUAUGCGCCGAGUCCGACUGGGGACGGUGCCCCGGUGACAGGAGUGGUCCAGGCUGUCAAGCAGGAAAACAGAGACGUCUCGGCCGCAGGAGCCCGGCGCAGCGUCUACACCGUGCUCAUGCAAGACGGGAGCCUCAAGGAGUUCACCGAGGAGGAGAUAGCCGCGGGGUUCAACCACACUGCAGCCAAAGGACCACUCAAGUCCAGCCUGAAGCAGAGUUCCAGUAACGGAGCUCCAGAGGGCCACAAGGUGGAGGGCGGUUCCCUCAGCCCAGAAGCAGUAGAGGAGCAGCGGUUGGUGGACAGCAAGCGUGUUGGCCGGGACCCUGACACCCGAUCAGUGUCCCUGCUAGAGCAGAAACGCAAAGUGGUCUCCUCCAGCAUUGAUGUCCCUCACGCUAGACGGUCGGAGGAAGAAGUGGACAUGGACAAGGUGACGGCUGCCAUGGUACUAACCAGUCUCUCCACCAGCCCGUUGGUCAGGAGUCCACCUGUCAAAGUCAGCGAGGGUCUAAGUGGUUCGUGGAAGGACAACGGCUCAGCAGGACCCUUCACCCCAUCUAGCAAUAGCUCUUCAGGGGGCUACUGGAGCUGGUCUGCCCCUAGCGACCAGUCCAACCCUUCCACACCUUCGCCACCGCUCUCCGCCGACAUCUUCAAGCCAUUCCGAGUGCCCAGCCUGGGUGGUGUUGGGCCCGGCCCCGCAGGGCCUGAAGACCCCAGUCUGGAUGAACAGGACGGCAGCAGCCUGCUCUUCGAUGAGCCCAUACCUCGCAAGCGCAAGAACUCCAUGAAGGUGAUGUUCAAGUGCCUGUGGAAGAACUGUGGCAAGGUGCUGAGUACUGCUGCUGGCAUCCAGAGACACAUCCGUACCAUCCACCUGGGGCGUAGCUGUGACUCGGACUGCAGUGACGGCGAGGAGGACUUCUACUACACGGAGAUCAAGCUCAACACGGACUCAGUGGCCGAUGGGCUCAGCAGCCUGUCCCCCGUGUCGCCCUCCGUCCUCUCUCCCCCUCCUCCUCCCCCCUCUCCUCUCCCUUCUCUCAAUCAGCUGUCGGACUCCCACAGACCCCUGAAGUCCUCUGACACCAAGGAGCCUCACGCUGGCGGUACCACCCCGCUCAGCCGCUCCGCGCCCAGCGCUCUCUACCUCAUCCACACGGACCAUGCCUACCAGGCCACGGCUCCAGUGUCCAUCCCGUCCAGCAGCAGUAACUCGUCCGGCUCAGCCUCCACCAGUUUCACUCCCACCAACAGCUCCAGCUUUAGCAUCUCCUGGCAGUCGCCUCCCGUCACUUUCACUGGGAACACGGUGUCUCCCAGUAAAAGCCAGGGAUUUGGCGAACAGCGCUCCCAGACCAUCGCUGUCCUCUCCUCCCCUCCCAGAGCCACCACUGCCCUCAGUCGGAAGGUGCGCGGCGAGGGGAAGAAGUGCCGUAAAGUAUACGGGAUGGAGAACCGCGACAUGUGGUGCACUGCCUGCCGCUGGAAAAAGGCCUGCCAGAGAUUCACCGACUGAGCGUUCCCCACCAGCGCAGCGGCACUGCUGUCUUUGCAAGAGGAAGUGGGGAGGGGCAUCAUUUUGCAUGCAUUUGGUUUUCUUCAGCUCAAAAUCUCAACUGUCCCUCAAGCUUCGGCUCCACCCCUGUUCUCGCCCCCCUCAGCUCCCCGAACCAUUCCAGCUGUGGAAGCGCCGAAGGACGGUGGAGUCACCUUUUACAUUGCCGUCCAGGAUUCCCAGUACUGCCUCGCCAUUCCCAUUAAUCCCAGUUUUGGGAAACCCCAGUGCAGCUAAACAGUGUAAAGAAAAAAAUUAAUCUAAAGAUUUCUGUCGUUUUUUAUGUUGGGUUCAGUAUUGCAUCUUUCUAUGUUUUGUAAAGCUCUGGUUUUUAAAAGGAAAGUCUAGUCAAAGAAGGAGUCCAGAAAAAAGGCCAACAGCUUUUUUGUGUGUUUUGUCAAAAGAAAAAAAAAUCACUUUUUUAUCCAAAAGAAAAAUGAGCCUCUUUGCUGCAGUUUUUGAAGAGCGUUAUAUAAAAACAUUGAGGUAAAGCUCGCAGUUUUGGUUCUUCCUUCAACUUGUUCAUCUCUUGUUUGAUUUCUGGACUUUUUGAGGUGAUUUUUUUUUUUUUCUUUUCUUUUUAAUCACUGACAUCACAGCCUCUCCCAGACUCUCACCUAUUCUUCAAUCCUGACAGCCCCGAGGGAAUGUACAGCAGAGCCGGGAAGGGCAGGUUGACAGGUAGAAAGAGAAGGAGGAAGAGAGACACGCAAGGUGAACGAUCAAUGCAAAAAAGACACAAUUUACAGUCGAGGAACGCAGUUGGGCCAUGCCAGUGAUUUACCACGUAAAACCGCAUCAGCAUUCACACAAACAUAUGUAUUUCCAAACAAUCGUAACAGAAGACGGAAACUGUUUUUUAUGUCACUUUUUUAUCCGGUUGAUUCAUUUUCUUUGUUUUAUCAGGGAUGUGAUCUAAAGAAAGCAAAAACCAGCAGCUAAAACUUGGGGUUAUACUUUGAACAGCACUAUCUCAAUAGCUUCUCUUCUUCAUUACACGACUUUGCAACCAAAAACUCCUUCAUCUUGUUCUUUAUGUUUAUGGAUCUUGUUAAGGUGCCACGUUUACUGUCGUUGAUGUAGUUUUUUUUUUUUUUUCAUUUUUGGGGGGGAAAACCAAGACCGUUUACCUACCAACUGUUCAAGAAAGUGUGUUCAAAGACCUUCUUGAGAGCACUGGGAGCAUGAAGUGCGAGGCCAUAUAAAGAUAAACAUCUAUCACCACAUACAGAGAGACAAAGAGUGCCGCCCUCCUCACCCAACUUUCACAGCCCUCAAAGGGAACAAAAUAACUUUGUGUUUACGUACACCACGGAGGUGCAUCUUGAUGACCUGUUAACCAAAGGGGGAGGGCCGAAAAUCAAAAGUGAGGCACUUGCACUGUAUGUGUGUAACGGAGCACUCGGUACCUCUGUUAACACCCGUUGUUACUUUUAGAGAGCUGACACUCUUCAGAUUUUUUUCCACUAUGCUCCCUCUAUUUCCAGCUUAACUGGUUAUCAAAGUAAGUAACAGAAAAAAAAAAAAAGCAGAUAAUGCUUCUCCCGCUUUUUUGAACCAUUAUAUGCUCCAAGAGUUUUGGAGAACUGUGGAAAAAGUUAUUAGCACUUGAUUAUUUGUUGUUUAAAGUUCACUGUACCUUUCAUUCACUUGGCAUCAUGCAAGCAAAGCUUGGGCUUGAGCUUUCAUUAGAGUCCUUGUGAUCGGCACUUAAACUUUGUAAAUGACGAGGUGAAAAGAGGUAAAGAGUGGUGAAGAUUGGUGAAAGUAAUGCCGUUAUCUCCUUUGUCAUUUGAAUGUGUGUUCAUUUGAAAUACGGGCUCCUUGUUGGCUCAAAGGCAGGAAACAAAAUCACAAGGCCAAAUAGUUUACAGAUGUUGACUUUGUCAUCUGAUGCUGCGUUCUACUUUAUUACAAUGUAGUGAAAGUGGUAGUAGUGUCUUGUGUUCCAGCCAAGGCAAAUGCUCCAACCAGCAGGGACAUUGUGAUUUUGUUUAUGCAUUUACUCUCUGCAUUCUAUGAAAUUAGUUUGAAUGCACGCUGAAAUCUUUGUUGGCAUUUCUGUCGCACACAAUCAUGUUAGAUCAGAAUUAUUCAAAACCAACACCAGCUAAUAAACUCACAUGCUCGCCCAUUUUAAAAUUCAGUACUUCUGCACCUGAAAAUCGUAGCUCUGUUAUGUUUGCUCAGCUGUUUCUAUUUUGUCUAUUUUUUCCAGGCUGUUCAUGUAUAUAUGUAGUUCUUGUAUUUUCUCUGAGCUCCAUGUUUAUGACCCAUUACCUCGGUCAUUACAUUUGCCACCUGAUGAACAAGACAGGUUCGAGUAUGAUAUUGCGUGAGGAAAUAAUGUACCGUUCAGCCUGUCAGGCUUCUGUUGUUUUGAAUAUAGGGAUAGCCUUAAAGUCACUCUUAAAAAAAUAACUGUGCUUCUUCUAUGUCAUUGCAUUGAUGUUUCAGUAAGAAGUAUUUAGAUUAUCCCAAAACUGAUUUUCCGUUGUAUUAUGUGGACGUAUUAUUGUUUGAGAAAAGACAAAUCUAUAUAUACGUAAAGAAAAAACGUGGGAAUUUAAAUUCAAAGCAAAAAAAAAAAAGAUGUU